AUGUCCCAACCACCCGCACCCGCCCUCUCGGACCUCAUCUUCCCCCAGGCUUCCAAAACCCUAACCACAACCCUAACGAGUCUCAAACGUACCAAUCUCUCAAUCAGCAACCGUCUGCAAUCGAUCAAGCACGACGCGGAUUUCGUUCAGCGCGUCGCCGCCGCAUAUCAACUGCCUCUGGUAGCCAAUGAACGGUGUGGGAGCUGGUACAUCCGUCCGACCGACAAGCGGGGUGGUGUCUACUUCAAAUCUACAGACGGCCAUUUUGGGCAAUGGAGCUUGAAUCUGCGACGCCUGAACCUGCAUUUGCUUGAGGUGACUGGAAGUCACGGAGGCUGCAUCAUCGUGGACUCAACUCGACGAGGCAAGAGCAUGCCCGAUGCCUUGUCCAAGACCAUCCCCAUCUGGGCGGCAACCCUAAAUCGCCAUUUGUUCCCAGAGCGAGAGCAAUGUCAUGCCCUUAAGACGCCAGACUCUGUGAUCUCGAGCUCGGAGCAUGCCCAAAUCAACGACCGACUUGCAUCCUUUGUCCGCGAUCUAGACAAGCUCGCACUCGAUGUCGUGAACCUCCGUUCCAGGCUCAACGAUCGACCCUUGGAGGUAGUGUGGGCGACUCCUGAUUCCCAAAGCCCAUUCCCAGCACCGACGACUUCCGACUCCCAUCUGCUUGUCCUCUGCACGGCAUCCGGCCGCACGUCGUCGGUGAGAUCAGACUCAUCGUACGUCCAAGGAGCGGCGGACGAUAGUGAAAGUUGGGCCUGUGGCUUGACCGCUGCAACGUUCUGGGCGCACCAAGAAUUGCUUCUAGCAGCCACAGAAGAUGAAUUGCCCGACCUGAUCUGGGGACUGACCAGCAGCAUUGGUGUGCAUCGCCCGGCUGACGCGCCUGUUUCAAUCCAGUCGACGAAUGUGUCGCUGAGCGAUAAUGUCACGAUGGAACGUAGCAUGCUCAACUUCGACAUUGUCGUCUCUUGCUCCGAGAAAUCCAGCGACACGGUGGCUUCCACGUUGCAAAGUCGUUAUGUCCACCUACCCUGUGUAGCCGGCAAAGCUGGCGGUCGACAACUUCGCGAACGUCUGCCGAAGAUUCGGACGCUACAAACGAUGCUGUCACCCAACAGCACCAUUUUGGUCAGCUGCGACUCGGGUCGAGACUUGGCGGUCGGCGUUGCUCUGACGAUCAUAUGCCUUUAUAGCUCGCUGGAUGCUGGAGUCCCCGAGAGACUUGACAAGGACAUCAUCAAGCAGAGGUUGAGUUGGAUCAUGAUGUCCAGGCCAGAUGCUGCCCCGAGUCGCGCCACCUUGCAGAGCGUCAACGCAUUCUUGCUCGGACCGCCAUGA